UCACUUCCUUUUCUCUUCUCUCCCUAUUAAAAGGCGAAUACAACAACGCUCUGGUCGAUACUAAGUUUUUACACAUUCUCUUCAGAGUCGGUUCCCUAACGAGACCCAUUUCAGGAUCUUCAGUAAGAUGUGCAUGUUUGCUUUUGGGGUAAAAGUAGAAACAUUUGUCUGUAGGCUGCUGACUCAACAGAGACUGAACACUGAGGAGACAUGGAAGCUGUGGUUGGACUGGUAGUGAUGCUACUCGGAGUCUCUCACGGUGUAGUAACCCACUGUGAUGGCACACAGGACAGAGCUCAGUGUUAUGGAGCUUUGGGAGGAACUGUGGUCCUCCAGCUGAUGAACAAACACUCUAACUUACUUAGAUACCAAUUGUUGAAUAAAACCCACAUAAUACUGAGUGUGAGAAAGAAUAUCUCUGAAUCUAAUCUGAUAGCAAACAGAUCCUUCGUUACACCCAAAAAUGGAACAUUUAUGAUCUGUCAACUGAGCAGGACUGAUGGUGGUGAAUAUACACUUAAGACCUUUGAUUUAAAUGGACAGAAAUCAGCGCGGACUCUACAGUUAACCAUUCAAGCUCCUGUGUCCUCUGUCGGGCUGGUCUCUCAGUGUCUGUCCCAGGGAGAGAUGGAGGUGUCCUGCUCCUCUCAGGGAGCGGACAGUCCUCAGUACAGCUGGACUCUGGAUGGAAAAGCUCUGACAGACUUUGAGCUCCUCACUGGAAACACUGAGACUCACAAAAUCACUCUGAGACAACACGUCUCAGGACGGCUGGUCUGCUCGGUCUGGAAUAACGUCAGUAGUGACUUAAAGGAAGUGAACAUAUCUACCUGUGGCUUCCUAUACAUAAACUGCACCUCACCCAAUGGGACGCACAUAUCACAGUGGGUGUAUGCAGCCAAUAAUACGCAGUGUAUUGAGCCAACAGCAGCUUCCACCACAAUCACAGCAACCUCCCAUCCUGGUAAGGAGUCUGGCAUCACAGUGUCAAUUAACCCCACUAAUAGCACAUCCUCCAAUAACACUGUGACUCACCCCCCAACUGAUGACUCAUGGGACAUUAUUAAAACAUUCUACUUACAAAUAACAGCUUAUGUACUGGCUGUACUUGUACUUCUGUUAGUAGUCGGGGUGGCUGUAGUCUGUGCUCAGAGGAAAAAGCAAAACAACAAACCUAAAGAAGAAGGUGACCAGGAAUUGAUAUAUGCUGAUGUGAGGAUUGUGCAGCGACCGGGGAGGCAGCCGCAGCAAAGAGCCGAGAUGGAGGUGGAGUACGGCGAAGUCAUGCUGUCAGAGCGACGUCGACCGACUGUUGAACCAGCAGAAGAUGAGUGCAUGUACGCCAAAGUCCGUAAAGGCAGGUGAUUCACAGUGUUUAAAGACUGCACCACUGAAGGCAAAUGGAGAAGUCUGUCAAGAGGCCAGGAGGCUUUUCACCUUAAUUUAAUGCGAUUUACAGUUGGAAAAUAUCUCAUAUCGCUCAGAUGUUAUUUUAAACCAGUUUCACUCUCGUCUUCUACAAUUUGUGGACAUUUUCUCAGAACAUUUAUUUUUUACUAGUUUUUCACUAGACGUUUGUAGGAGUAAAUGUAAAAUUAGACCAUGCGAUCUUCCUUUGGCUCUCUGGCCAUACGUUUGUAGAGUAAUGCCUCUCAGGAAGUGUGUAGCAACCACCUGUUUGGUGUUGACACUUCUGCUUAUUUCAAGUUUUCAAACUUGGUUUGUCAGUUGCUGGGGUGAUUAUUAAGACAAUGUUAUUACGUUUGGUUCAGUUAAUGUUUACAUUUACCCUUAAUGUAAUGAUUAAUAGGAGUGGGUUGUGUAGUUUUAAUCAUGUCGCCACCUCUAAAAGAAAAAUUAUUUAGUUUUUUGUCAAUUUUAGUAGCUGCCGACAUACAGUUGAAUGUAUGUCGGCAGCUGAAUUACAUUGCAUCUCAGAAUUGCCUGCAACUGAUACAUGUAGUUCCUUCGCUUUUUACUUUUUCUCCUUUACCAAGAGGAACUUAUUCAACUGGUCAUACUGAGCAUUCAAUGCGUAUAUCUUUUAAAACCAUCACGUUUCUCUAUUUAGUUCUAGAUGUUUCCUCCGCCCAUGUCUUCAAGUUAGUCAGUUGAGCACAUUCAUGCUUAUUUUUCAUGAUCUAAUAUUAACCAGUCAGUUAACUUUCAAGAAGGUUUUUGAUUUGAAAAUAAAUACAGCCAUCUGCAUGGAAUUAAAUAAAAUAAUAAUAAUAAUAAUGCAUUUAAUUUAUAUAGCGCUUUUCAUAAUACUCAAAGACA